AGUUAUCCAGUCGUUGUUAGCGACAUCAUGGCGGCGUCCACACGAGCGCAGGUGAUUUCUCUCUACCGAAUGAUGCUGACAGAGAGCAAUAAGUUCCCCUCGUAUAACUACAGGACUUAUGCACUGCGGCGGGUCCGUGAUGCCUUCAGGGCAAACAGGGAAAUACAGGAUCCAAAAACUGUCGAGAGACUGGUGUUGGAGGGACGACAGACCCUGGGAGUGAUACAGAGACAGGUCGUCAUCGGGAAGAUGUUCGAGACCCAGAAGACGGUGGUGGAGAAUUAACCCUCCACGGGGUUUCACGGGAGGGAGUGCUGUACCAGCAACCAACAGGAAGUGACAUCAGAGGCUGGAGCCAAUCACUGCCCAUCAUCAUCAUCAUCACCACCAACAACAACAACAACUACCAACCAGCUUUCUUCUCCACCAAAACACGGUUUAAUUUAAGUGACACUGGAUGGAGGUGUGAGGUGCAUUGUGGGGGAUGUAGGACAGACCACAGCUGUGAAGUUUGUUUUUCGACUUUAGUUUCGGAUGCACCGAUCGGAUUUCGAGGCUUAUAAGAUCACUCAUCAAUCUUUUUUCUUCACUAAUGACUUUAAAAAAACAAGAUUAAAUGGUCAGAUAAUAAACUAAUUCCAUGUCAGUAUGCUUCUGCUGCUAGAUUGUUAUUAGAAUAUCACAGAAACAAGCCAAUAGUCACACACAAAAAGCUUUAAACAAAGUUUUUUGCGGUUUUGCUUUAAAGGACGACAAAAGUCUAUAAUGUUUUUGUGCUGUUUAAGUUAUUAUUUCUUCUCACAUAGUAUCAUUUGACAGAUUUUUGAGGCAGAAUCAUGGAGAGAAAUAUUGUAACUUUUAGUUUCAGCUCAGCUUUUCCGUGAUGCCUCAGAUAUCUCCUAAAUGAUUCAUCUCUUACACUUCUGUUUAAGCAGUUACUGUGGACGUUUCAGUUCGGAUACGAGAUGAUUGUUUGAAUCUGAAUAUUCAGAAAUAUUUGAAGUUUGUCAUUUCCAAGAGUUUAUGUCCUGAUAAGUUCAUAGAACAUCCCUUAACUCAGAACUCAGGGUUUCAUCUUUUUCUGUAAGAGGAGUGAGAAGAAAAAAAGAUCAGAACAAUAUUCGGAUUUCACAUUUCUAGCUGUGUUCUAGUUUUUUCUUUUUUUUUGCAAACAUAUUCUUAUUCAAAUUAAACAAACUAGCUUACCAAUUAAGGAAGAGUGUAGACCAACAACUCCAUCAGUUUGUGGGGUUAAAUGAAAACAGGGUCUGGUGUCUUCCAUAGAGAACAACUUAAUGGCUGUAAAGUGCUAAUUUCCAUCAAAGAUUUCUUCAAUUCCACAUGUUGAGCAGUUGAUUCUUGAAUGAAUGUUUCCCACUUUCAAUCUCAGUUUAUUAGCCUUCAUUUAAACAUUACAGGACUGACAUAAUAAUAUAUUUAAUGCUGUAAUGUUACACUCCUUACAAUCCUGUUGGAAACUGAUCGGUGCAUCCAUUUUUUUUUUCUUUCUAGUGUUAUUUUUGUAUUGUAACGCACAAGUUAUAUAUCCCAGUUCAUGUAAUUAUGUGAUAUAUUUGGCUAUAAAGAACCUAUGAAGAGCUAAACAAGAGCUGACUUUAAGAGUGUUUAAUUCAUUUCAAAGACCAGGUUAUGUUUGACUGAGACACCAGCUACACAUUUUUCUCUUUUACAGCAGUUUGCACACUCUGCCAACACACAAAUAUGAUAUAUUUUGUCAAAGGAGAAAGGGGUAAACAUGAAAUCUUGACUCAUGAAAAUAAAACAGAGGAGAAGUUAAUGAAGAA